CAAGUCUGUGUAGUAGGCGUAUCUGUAUCCGUAUCACUUUUACAAUUUCUUCCAGGAAGUAGACUUUUUGUCUUGAAGGGAAAUGUUGUCAAGUGUAAAACCAGUGACUGUAGUCUGAGAGAAACACGUUGAUGGUCACCUGUUCUUGCUGGCCGCCAUGUCGGAUUCUUUGGACCGGUCCACUAAGAUCAACCUGUUGAGGGAGCCGCUUGUGAAGAAGCUCUGUGAGGUGCUGGACAAAUCCAGCAAUAAAGGAUGGCGAAAACUAGGAGAGCUGGUCGGCAACGACAGACGGUUUAAAGUCAGCCCAGACGACAUGGAGAUGUGCUCUCUGAAGGUGCUGGAGCUGGAGGGAAGCCCGAGCCGCACGCUGCUGAGGCUGAUGGGAGAGCGAGGCUGCACCACGGGUCACCUUGUGGACUACCUUCAAACUCUGGGCAACUCGGAGGCCCUGCAGUGCAUGAAACCAUCAGCCCUGCAGAUCCUCAUCCAGCCCCAGUCGGUGGCUCUUAUAUCUGGACACAAUCUUCGGCUGAGCUGCCACGCUGUGGGCAAGUCUCCGGUACAGUACCAGUGGUUCAAGACCAAUGAAGAGGUGCCGAACAGCUUCUCCUCAGACCUGGUGAUAAGUCCAGUCCGUCUGCAGGACGCUGGCUUUUACAUCUGCAGGGUCAACUGUGGAGAUACUUUUGAGUUCAGCCAGUGGGUUCAAGUGGACGUCCUGAAUGUCACCGGGUCAUGCGGGCAGAGUUAUCAUUCCUUGGAGGGUCGGCUGAAGUUGGUGAUCCAGCCUCAGUCCCAGCGGCUGCAUAUUGGGGAAACCCUGCAGGUGGAGUGUGGAGCCGUGGGGCGGCCGAUCCCUCGAUACCAGUGGCACAGGAAUGGAGUCCCGGUACCCAACGCCACAAAGAGGAAACACAUGAUUCCUCACUCGAUGCAGGAUCACCACGGCAGGUAUCGCUGCGAGAUCAGCAGCAGCACUGAGAGAAUGUGGACCAAUGAAGUCGACGUCGUGAUCGCACCGAGGAUAUCUGUCCAGAUUUCAGAGGCAAUCGAGUGCUCUGAAGAUGAUGUUUACGCCAUCAGAGGAGGAUCCAGCGACUUUUUCCUGAAUAAUGUCCCAGAUCAACUUCAUGCAACCGACAAAGUGGCCCUGCUGAUCGGCAACCUGUCUUACCAAAACCACCCGCAGCUCAAAGCUCCCAUGGUGGACGUCUACGACCUCACGAACCUGCUGCGGCAGAUGAACUUCCAGGUGGUGUCACUGCUCGACCUCACAGAGUCGGAGAUGAGAAACGCUGUCGAGGAGUUCCUGUUGCUGCUUCACAAGGGAGUCUAUGGUCUGCUGUACUACGCUGGUCACGGAUAUGAGAACUACGGCAACAGCUUCAUGGUGCCGGUAGACGCACCAAACCCGUACCGGUCGGCCAACUGUUUAUGUGUGCAGAGCAUCCUGAAACUGAUGCAGGAGAAGGAGACGGGCCUCAAUGUUUUCCUGCUGGACAUGUGCAGGAAGAGGAAUAUUCACGAUGACAGCGCUCCAAACAUUGUUCUGAGGGUCACAGCAAACAUCGUCUUUGGAUACGCGACGUGCCAGGAUGCCGAGGCCUUCGAGCUGAGCUCCAGCGGCUUCACCAACGGUGUGUUUGUCAAGUUUUUGAAGAAGCGGCUCCUAGACGAUGAGAAGAUCACUGUGGUGCUGGACAGAGUCGCUGAGGACAUGGGUCAGUUUGACGCUACGAAGGGAAAGCAGGCUCUGGAGAUCCGCAGUAGUCUGUCAGAGAGGAGAGCGCUGACUGAUCCUAUCCUGCCCGGCGACAGUGCCGAUCUCGCUCACGCUCACAGCCUCCAGUGGGCAAAGGCUCACGAGCUCCCUGAGAGUAUGUGUCUCAACUUUGACUGCGGGGCUCAGAUCAAGUUGGGCUUUGCUGCAGAGUUCUCCAACGUGCUCGUCAUUUACACUCACAUCGUUAAGAAGCCAGAGGACAUGUCCUUCUGCCAGGCUCACGUCACCGACUUCUCGCAGGACCUUGAUGUUGAUCCUAAAGAGAUGAACAGAGAGACUCCAGAGGAGACGGGGAUCUACCUUCUGUCCAGCAACCUGCCGCAGCACUGCCUCUACACCAGAGUCAGCUCACUGCAGAAGCUCAGGGAGGAGCUGGUCUUCACCGUGUGCCUUCAGGGCACCUUCACCGCCAUGGAUGACGAAUCCGUCCACUGGACCAAAAGCAUCAACAUUGGCAAGCCGCUGAUCGCCCGACUGGACCUGAACCGGGCCGUGCGGCGAAAUAGCUGCCUGCAGACCUGCAUGAUGCCCCACAGCCCGUCCCACAGCCCCUGCCACAGCCCCGGGCCCGAACACCACCUCCACCUCCAUUACAAGUCGCACCAGGCCCAGGACUACAACCGCCUGUCCCCGCAACACCACUACCUGGACGUCUGUGAGUACCAGGGAGCAGCGGGAGGCUGUGGGGUUUCCUUCUACGACAACGUCGGCCAAUCUCGCUGUGAACCUGCGUACGACUCGGCUGGUGGGCUUUCAAGCUCACCGGGGAGGCUCAGCAUUCCAAUAGAGACCACCGACGACAUCUACGAGCUGCAGACUGUGUUCAUCAACAGUCUGCAGCUUCAGCAGCAGUGAAAGCUUUAAAGGUCUAACAUUGUAUCUGGAAUACUGCUGCUCUUUCUGUUACAUGUUGUGACUUAAUAGCAUUUUUUAGAAUAUGAUAUUCAUCCAGUUAUCAACAAGAAGCCGUAUACUGACUUUUAUACUAGAGUUUUAAAGAACAGUGUAAAUACAUGUUAGGAAGACUGAAAAAGUGUACUUCAGUAAACUUGGAUAAUUGAGGAGUCGAUCUGCCAAUAUUUAUCUCAGGAAUAGCAAAGAUACUGGAUGGUAACUGUCAAGAUCAGACAUGACUUUUCACAGCUGGAAUUGUACCUCUUACAGAUGUUUGUUUAAGAAUAUGAGCUAAAUGUGGACAGAUGGAAGUGGCAUUAAAGAUUAAGAAGAUAAGGGCUGUAGCAAUCUACACAUAGCAACAUCUGUUCAUGUAACUAGUCUAAAAAAUGUUUUGUAGUCGGAGGAAAUAUCAAAGACGUUUUGUAAUAUAAUUAACCAGAGGAGAGAAAGUGAUCAUUAAAAACAAUCCAUCAGAUUAAAAACCUCAAGCCACUUUCCACACCGUUAUCGUUCUUCUGUUUUUCUGUCUUAUCCCCCUCAGGAUGUCAGUAGAAGGCCUCUCUGUGAGGACUUACCUCCACCAGCUGCCUCUCGUUCUCUUCUCCCAACUCUCUGGAUCUGUCUGCUGCACCUAAUGUCAGCAGGUCCUCUUAUAUCCUUGUUUAGUCUCAAUCUGCUCCUCGGUGAACUGUGAAACUUUCCAAAAGAGUUCCACUCGGUGAUUUUCGUGCUGGGAAUUAAAGGCACCGUUCACUUUAUUAUCCCCGACAAGUUCAUUGUAGCUACUUCUGGAUUGUCCACUGCACACUUCAUUGAACUUAUUCCUGAGGUUUCGUUUGAGUUCAGCAUUUGUAACAUGUGAGAAGGUCACUAUGAGAACCUUAAUGGGCCGGUAGGCACAGACAAAAUGUGCUGCUCCACAGUCAUACCAUGGAUUCAUUUCUCCAUGAGACAAUGUGGCACAUGCAGAAUUAAUCUCCUAUCAUAAGAAACCACGAUACGUGUCUGUGUCAAACGCUGCAGGAUACAGCAUGAGCAAAAUAAAUGGCUCCACCCUUUUUUGCUUUUCACGCAGUAUUUAUUAUUUAUGUCAGAGGAACUACUUCUUCAGAAACGAGGAGGAAAGUGGUGAA